AUGCCUAAAGUGACACUAAGUUCAUCUUCUGAGGACUCUGCUUCGGUAAUAAAUAAAUACCUCCAAGGCGAGUCGAAAAGGUCCAAAAGUCAAGCAGGCUUGACUAAAGAUUCAGAGAAUCAUCUCGCUGGGCUUACUGAUAUCCAAGCUAUGGCACAAGACCCAAUAGCUGCGCUUUUUGUGCGCACCAAUCUGGCGCGACGGAUUGCUUGGCUUCUAAGUGCCUCAAGUACCGUAAUCUACGCCCCAGCAAUCACAAAAGCCCGGAGCUCCUCCACACUUUGGCUCAAUUCGCUUGCUGCGGGUGUUUGGUUACCUGGUCUUCUUUGUACCGCUGCUAGACAUUCUCCACAGCUUGCCAACAGAAUCUGCUCAACUCCUGGUCUCUUGCAAGCUAUUCAAACCGCCUACCUGCCAUCGUUGGAAAAUUUACCUUCACAAAUUCAAUCAGAUGGAAAAGCAGCAAUGCGACCAAAGCGUCUGACUGCCUCUUACAGCGUACCGAUGCCAGGGAUAAUCUGCUUUCUUCGCUUGCUCGCACAAUCAAGUUCGAACAUCGCGCGAACCCUUCUCUGUGCCUAUUAUAUAGCUCACAAGAAUCAAAGAGAACUCGAUACUAGUCAGCUAGAGUCGGCAUUUUUACCAUCUGGCUCCCAAGUCGGGCCAGUUGCUCGUCUUGCCGAGGUCCGGAAUACCCUUGGUUUGUCCCUAUACUAA